AAGACAGAAAGGACAGAAGAAGAAAGAAGAACCAGGAAAAAUAUAGAAUUCUGAAAUAUUUAUUUCCUGAAACACUUUAAGGGGCUUGAGAAAGACGCCUACAAAGAAAGAAAGGGGAAAAAGCUCAGAUCUCCUGGCUUUGUUCCUGUACUCGUGACCUUUUUCAAUAAAGUUAGAAAUUGAACCGUGUCCCACUGUUAGGAUGGCGUCGGAUCAAAUUGUUCACGGAGUUCCCCCUUCACUGUCUGCCAAAGUGACAGGGUCAUUUGCAUAUUUGACUAUAAGAGACAGAUUGCCAACCAUUCUGACUAAAGUUAUAGACACAAUACACCGUAACAAAAACAAGUUUUUUGAAGAAUAUGGAGAGGAGGGUAUCCAUUCAGAGAAACAAACAAUAUCUCUGUUAUCUAAGCUGAGGAAUGAGCUACAAACUGAUAAACAUAUAUUAGUGCUGACAGACGGCUUGCAAGAUGUUGAGUCCUGGAACGAGUACCUGCAGAGACAACAGAGACCUCAAGGGGACCAGGAGUCUGUCAGCUGGUUUAAGUCUCCAUGGCUUUACGUAGAGUGCUACAUGUACCGCCGAAUACAAGAAGCCCUUUGGCUCAAUCCUCCUAUCACUGACUUUGAUGUCUUUAAUGAGGGAAAGACUCAGAGUUUUUAUGAGUCUCAGCAGGCUGUGAUGGCGUUAUGUACUUAUUUGGAGGACAUUCAUAAGAACAUGGGGAAACUCUCUAAAAAUCAGUUGUUUGAGCAUUUCAACAAAGUGUUCCAGGUUUCUCUCUGGGGGAACAAGUGUGAUCUUUCUAUUUCUGCUGGCCAGGAAAACUCACAGAAGACCAGUCCAAUAGAGUCCCUCAAUAGCCUACAACCCUUUAUCUUAGUGGAUGACUCUGGCUUGGUAUGGUCAACUCUGAAUUCCUCCCAGAGGCUGGUAGAGUCAGGAAAAAAUGCUGCAGUCAGAAUGGACAUUGUGCUAGACAAUGCUGGUUUUGAGCUGGUCACUGACUUGGUCUUAGCAGAUUUCCUAGUUUCCUCUGGCCUUGUACAACGCGUUCAUUUUCACGGCAAAUCCUUCCCAUGGUUUGUCUCUGAUGUCACAGCCAACGAUUUUCAGUGGACCAUCCGACAGACCAUGGCAACUAAUCACAAGUGGAUGUCCAAGAGUGGUUACCAGUGGCAGAGCUAUCUGAAAGAGGGUGUGUGGUGCUAUCAUGACCAUCCUUUCUGGACACAGCCCCAUGAGUUCUGCGACAUGGCAGCGGAUGCUCCUGACCUGUAUGCAACCCUGCAGGAGGCAGACCUAGUCCUGUUUAAAGGUGAUCUCAACUACAGGAAGUUGACAGGAGACAGGGACUGGGAUCAUACAGUGGCUUUCAGUUCUGCACUAAGAGGUUUUGGACCUGCACCACUGUGUAGUUUGAGGACUCUGAAGGCCAACGUUCAGGUCGGUCUGCAGCCAGGCCAAGGGGAGAAGCUCACUUCUCAAGACCCACCCUGGAUGACCAGCGGCAAGUAUGCCAUCAUUCAGUUCUACAGCCCAAAGUCAGAGUAAUAAGACUAACUACAGGAUCACAUUGGGAAGGCUUGGAGUUAUAAGAAUAAAAAAGUACCAAAAGUAGGCGUUACCUUUAAGCCAUAAGAAAAAAUAAAUCAAGGUUCAUGAUGGGUGUCAUUCCUACAGUUUUUUUUCAUUGUCUUCCUUAAUUUUGAUAAAGAAAAGCACUGUAAUGGUAAUCAUUUUCAAAGUAGAUUCAUUCUAUGCCAUGCUAUCAUUUUUAAUAUAAAAUAUUUCACCUUUGGUUUCCAGUCAGUAAAUAAAGUUUUAGAUUCAUCCUCAGAGCUAACAUAUCAUAUUUUGCUUUUAUUUCAGAUAGCGUAUCUGACCAUAAACCCUACAAUAAGUAAAAUGUUUACACAUUAAAAUAUUUGUGGUUAACAAGGACUGAGGUGGAAUUGAUUUAAGAGCUGGGUUUUGAAUUAGUCCUGAAUGCAGUGUCACUUUAGCAUGUGGGUGGGCAGAGUGAAAAUAGAUGUAAUUUAAUUAUUUUUAAUAAUUGAGCUCAAGCUGUUAUACCUUUUGGAUUCAGUGUCAUUGAUAUGCAUGCUUCAAAACAAGCAGCCACUUAAAUGCAACAGAAGUAUAUCAUACAAUAGUGUUAUGACUGUUUCCUCAGUUUAAUGACAUUGUGUGCUUAUUUUGUUUAAAACGGGAACCCAGACCUCUGUUUCUACAUACAUAAAAGUGGAUGUUUUUGUGCACAAUGUUAUGUCAUCCAAAUAUGCAUUGUGACCUUCAUAAUUUCAGUGGUGAUGUUAACUGGUUAUCUUCUCAGUGUUGCUGGAAGAGGGAAUGUUAUUUUCAUGAACUGUUUUCACUUAAUAAAUUACACCAAUGAA